AAAGAUUUUUGUUUUCUUUUUGCAAAACCAGAUCUCCUUGUCGUUGUAACUGAUCACAAGAAGCCUUUAACAACGUUCUCGCGUCGCGUAAUCUCGUAGACUUUAUUACCGUAUCUAAAGACUUCAAAAUAAAGCAAUCUUUCUCCCUUUUUUUUUUAAAUAUAUAUUCAAACUUAACCCAAAGUUCAAAGCUAUUCCAUACUUUUUUUUGUUUGUUUAAUCAUAAUGCCGUUUCAUACGAAGAUCCAACCGGUCGAUGUAUUACCGGAAGAUCCACCUACGAUGAAGCAAAUGCCCAAGUCACGCUUGAAGCGUCUCUUUGAGCGUCAGUUCAGUAUCAAAAACACCACCACCACCGAACCGCCGCCGAUUUCUAGAGGCAGCUCCGGAGAUUUUGAGCCGAGCUCGGUCUGUUUAGCGAAGAUGGUUGUAAACUUUAUGGAAGAUAACAAUGGAGGCGAGAAACAGAGGUGUGGUCGUAGACGUUGUAGUUGCUUUACCGGGAGUGGAACAGAGAGCUCCUCCGACGACGAUGAUGAUGAUGAUGAAACUGAUUGGUCGGAUGAUGUCAAGUGUUCCUCUGGUGAAGCUUGCGUGAUGCUCAAGAGUUUGGUCCUCUCUAGGAGCCUCUACGAGAGGAAUCUUAUGACCGAUGUGACCAAGAUUGUGGAGACAAGUAAGCGUAAAGACCAAUCUUGCUUGAAGAACUUGGUCAGUACGUUGGUGAGCUUAGGUUACGACGCGGCUAUAUGCAAAUCUCGCUGGGAGAAAUCUUCUUCUUAUCCUUCUGGGGAAUAUGAGUAUGUGGAUGUGAUCAACGAAGGCGAAAGACUGUUGAUAGACAUUGAUUUCAAGUCCAACUUCGAGAUCGCUCGUGCUACCAAGACCUACAAGUCGUUCCUGCAAACGAUUCCUUGUAUCUUUGUGGGGAAAGCGGAUCGGUUGCAGAGGAUCAUCAUGCUUCUAGCUAAAGCAGCAAAGCAGAGUUUGAAGAAGAAAGGAUUGCAUGUGCCACCGUGGAGGAGAGAAGAGUAUGUUAAAUCAAAGUGGCUGUCUAGUUUUGUGCGUGGAGAGGAGAAACAGGAGACAGUCGAUAUGUUGAGUGCAUCGGUAGGUUCCAUAGACUUUGGUGUUUGAAGAUUGUGUGAAGCUUUGUUAUAUUGUGAGAGAUAGGAGUGUUCGAGUCCCUUAUAGUUUUUUUUGAUGUUAAGGGUAUUGAACUGAUGAAUCACAAUGUGUCCCCCUCCUCGCCUUAUCUUUUUUUUUUUUUGGUGUAAGGGAGACUGUGAUUCGACUUUGUGACUCUGUCUUUGCUUUGUGAGAUUAAUGGAUUAUAAUAAGUAA